AUGUUUUCUUUUACUUUACUAACGCCUACGACUACGAGAAUUAUAAUUCCAUGUAUAAGACACGGUUUAACAAGAAAUUUUUCGCGCCUCGCGCGAAAUUAUGCAAGUGACGCACCAAAAAUUGAAACUGUCAUUCCACCACCCGUAACACGAACUAGGAGGGCAUUAUUUUAUGGUAGUGAAGAACGUAAGAUCAAAAGUUCUCUAAAUAUAUCUGCAGACAGUAUUGUAUAUGAUCUCGAAGAUAGUGUUGCUUUUAAUAGGAAAGGCAUUGCGAGAGAAAUGGUCUUUAACAUUUUAGAGGCAGCAGUUGAAUCAAAAUCCGAGAGAACAGUUCGUAUUAAUGCAGUUGGAUCCGGUCUAGAAUUGGAUGAUCUUAAUGUUAUGCUUCAAUCAAAACAUCUCGAAGGAAUCGUAAUACCUAAAGUACGAUCCGCUAAAGAUAUUCAGUUUGUUAGUCGUAUGAUUGAUUCUGUUGCACCAGAUGAGAAUCGAUCCAAAAUUCGUCUGAUAGCAUCCAUAGAAAGUGCUUUAGGAAUCAUGAAUCUCAAAGAAAUUGCCAUAUCAGAUCCACGUUUGGAUGCAUUAGUGUUUGCCGCGGAAGAUUAUUGCGCAGAUGUUGGACUUAUACGAACACCUUCACGCAAAGAAAUGUUGUUAGCGCGGCAAACUUUAGUGACAACUGCCAGCGCGUACGGAUUGCAGUCGAUUGAUUUAGUUUGUGUUGAUUUCAGGAAUGAUGAUGUUUUAAUAGAGGAAUGUAAAGAAGGUCGAGAGAUGGGAUUUCUUGGAAAGCAAGCUAUUCACCCUCGUCAAAUUGAUAUUAUACAAAAAAUGUUUCUACCUGACGAACAAGAUGUUGAAAGAGCUGCGCGAAUAGUUUAUGGAUAUGAACAACACGCUAAAAAAGGAAUCGGUGCGAUCGAUCUCCCCGUUGUAAAAUGGGCUGAAAGAAUACUUUCGAGAGCUAGUUCAGGAGGAAUGACAAUUCCAGUACCUAAAGAAAAGAAAGACAAGAAAGACGGGAAUGGAAACGAAACUUAA